UCCGCAAAGUGUGCAGGCUGCAGCCCGGGCGGGCGUGUUUUGCCUCUUUGUGCCCCGUCGCUGCUUCUCCUGCAGAUGCAAACGGGGGCCGGCUGCUCGAGUCCCGCGUCUCCCCGAAGUCGCUGCCGCCUCCGGGCCAGCAGUGGCCAGGAGAGUUCGUGAGGAUGUCGGCCGAGGAGGGAGGCGUGCUGGUCCGCCCGUUCAAACUGGUGGCCCUGCUGUGCGCCUUCAUCGCGCUGGCCCUGGACGUGGCGGCCCUGCUCAGCCCGGCCUGGGUCACGUCGGAACGCGACUCGCUCUCCCUCUGGAAAGCCUGCAGGCAGCCCCCGGAGGACUGGCUGUGCAUGUCUGCUCUCAAGACGGACUGGCAAGUAGCUACUUUGGUGUUAAUCCUGACUUCAGCCACCAUCACUCUGCUGUCAUUUCUCAUGUCCCUGAUUUCCUUCUGUCUGGGUACCUACAAGAGCUAUUAUCGAGUUGCUGCCCUCCUUCUCUUUGCAGCAGUGGUUCUGCAGGUCUGCGCCUUAAUUCUUUACCCCAUCAAAUUCAUCGACAGCAGCAUGUUGAAGAGCUACCAUGAGUUCAACUGGGGAUACGGAUUGGGCUGGGGCUCCGCCAUCUUCAUGCUUGGGGCGGCCAUCCUGUACUGCCUACGCACAGAUCUAUAUGAUGACGCCUACUACUAAGACUGGCAGAGGGAACUGGAUUGAGAUGAUUAGACUGGUGGGACCAGAUUGACGGCUGGAGAGAGAGACGGAAGGGGGACCACUAGAUUCAUUUGGGGAAAGGUCAUGAUACGCUUGGUCCUCUUCUUCGAAUACCUCACCUUGGCAGGAUGUUGGCUGAGCUUUUGAAAAAGGAACAUGUGAAGGUCUCCAGGGUCUGGCUGCUCUUCAAGUAGUUAAGAGGAACUAUUAGCGAGCAAGCUCUACUUCUCACCAGGAAAGCUAGCUUGUGGUCUCUCUCAUAUUUCUUUUAUUUCCUAUGCAGGAAUAACCUGUCUUUAUUUUUAAAGAGCGUGACUCUCUUGUUGGUUAAGAGGAUCCCACUUUGCCUUUAUUUUGCGGUGUCUGCCACCAGGAGUGUUGGUGGGAAACCAGUCCAAUGUUGUGUUUUUGUUUUUUAGUGCACAGACGGUAGUUGUGCUGGUGGUUUCAAUCACUGCCUUGCACAGCAUGCGUGUGUGAAUGGAUGCAGAAGUGAAUAAACUAGCCAAGCUAAAUGAA